ACUCAAGAACUUUCCAAACUCAUGCAAUGGAAACUCACCCGUGGAAAAUGGAGGCCGCGUUUGUUGGAUUUUGUCUCUUCGAUAGAAGAUGCUGUUGUGAAACGUGCUUCUGAGAAAGCUUUUGAGAGUCUUCCUGAUGUGGAGAAAGCGAUUUCUGAGUUAAGUGCGUUGAAAGGAGUUGGUCCUGCUACUGCUUCUGCUGUUUUGGCUGCUUUUGCUCCGAACUUGACCCCUUUUAUGUCUGAUGAGGUAGUUAUUCGUUUUUGUUUUAUCACAAGUUACAUUUUCAGUUCAAUCCCUUAUAUCAUCAUUAUCAUGAUCACAGUGCAUUUGAUAUCAACUUUUUUUAGUGUAUCCGUAUUUUAGUCUUGAAAUUAUAAUGUUUGGGUCAAUUUAAUAACAAAUUAGGCUAUGUUUGGAUAUUUUAAAACGAACUAAGUAGGGCGGAAUGUGAUAGAGUGGAAUUGAGCGGAGCGGAUUAGAUAUCUUUGUUUGGAUAUUUUAGGACGGAAUGUAAUAAAAUUGUUAUUAUGCUCAAUUCAAUAGGUGUAC